UACUCUGUAGGUCCCUGAAAUUGUACCCCGUAUCAAAAUAAGUCCCUGAAAAUUUUUUUUCCGAUUCCGGGUCCCUAGAAAAAUUUGUUUGAUCAAAAUAAGUCCCUACGCCGGAGAAGACAGUGGUUGCCUCCUCAUUGUUUCCACAAACCAUGAAAUAACAUGUUUAAAACACUCCUAGACCUUCAUAUAUCUGAUCUGGGCGAAGGAAUCGCAAGAAACAAAGCUAAAACGAAGAAACCGAGAAGCUCCAUAAAUUCCGGCGAGAAGAAAUCAACUUGCGACUGGCCUUUUCUCUUCAACUGUGACGACCCAGCCCACGAGACCACCACCACUGAGUUCCUGAGGACGAGACGAAGCCGGCCCAACACCCUGGUCGUAGCGCCGCCAUGACCGCCGUCGUCAACCACCAUCUUCUCCGGCGUAGGGACUUAUUCUGAUUAAAAAAACAAUUCCAGGGAUCCGGAAUCGGAAAAAAAAUUUUCAAGGACUUAUUUUGAUACGGGGUACAAUUUCAGGGACCCCUAGAGUAUUUAAGCCUUUUCCUUUUUACUUUUCUAUUUUUUUCCCCCCUUUUUUUCCAAUCCCAAAUGCACAUGAUAGUUGAGUUGCCACUGCUCUAACCAGAUUGGUAUUCACAAUCUGACUCUAACAAGCAAGAGAGGAAAAGGGUUGGUUGGAGAGUGAUGAGAGAGUGAGUGAGUUUAAGCACACAUGGAAAGAGGAGCAGAGAAGGAGUUAGAUAGAAGGAGCAAGUUUCUACACAGUUUGAUACAGAACAAGAAGAAAACCAACACAGAACAACAUGAUGAUGGUGAUGAUAGCACUAGCAGCAGCCUCAACAGGAGCAACGUUCAUGUCAGAGCUUGUGAUAUGCCUCUCCCUUUGCAGAAUCAUGCUUUCCAAUGCGCGCGUCAACACCUCGAUUCUAUGCCUGCCAAGAAGCUUGGCAGUAAACUUCUGGCACUGGCACUUAAGAAGGAAUUUGAUUCUUCAUAUGGUCCUGCUUGGCACUGCAUUGUGGGUACUAGCUUUGGUUCCUAUGUCACACAUUCUGUUGGUGGGUUUUUGUACUUUUCCAUUGAUAAGGUUUUUAUCCUUCUCUUCAAGACAGCUGUUCAACCAUUGAACCAUUGAUAACUUCCACAGUUAUGAGUUAUGAUGCCUCCUUGGGAAAUUAAAUUUUGAAAUUUCAUAUUAGCUGAUAUGUUGUGAAGUUAUAAAUUGAAACAUUUAAAGACACUUGUAUUGUGUAGCGUAUUUGAUGUUCAUUGCAAAAUUUUCUGAGGCAAGUCACAAGAUAUUCAUUUUGUUCAGCUCAGAAGAACAUUUUACAGACUUAUUACU